AUGAAUAGUGGAGAAGGAGUAGUACGACAACAACGUCCAACACAUAAUCCAUCAAAAAAUUUAUUAACAAAUGAAUUACAAUGUUUAUAUGAUAUACUUGGAUCAAGUUGUGUGACUUUAGCAACAGCUGUUGCACAAGUUUUACAUGGUUAUAAUGGUACCUGGAGAAAACAAGCAUGUGGCGUUUUUUGUUUUGUUAAAGAUUAUGGUAAUCGAAGUUAUUGUUUUCGAUUAUAUGACCUUAGAUCCAGACAAUCAAUUUAUGAAGAAUUAGUACCAGCAUCACUUCGUCUUGAAAAAGCCUUAGAUGUUUUUUAUACAUUUGAUGGAACCAAUUGUAAAAUUGGAAUAAAUUUUGUUGAUCGUGAUGAAGCACAAACAUUCUCUCAUCAUUUUCAUUCAAAACAAGAAGAUCGUCAAAGUAAAAAAGAAAAGAAAAAAACUAAUGCACCACCAAAAGCACCAGCCCCAGUUAUUAGUCCACCAUCGACUUCACCAAGUGUAUCCGCUUUAAUGAAUGGAAUGAAACCAGCAGCAAACAUUGUAGCAUCACCAAUACCAACACCAACAGUAGUACCAGUAACAACCACUGCCAAUACUCCAAAAAAACAAAAUACAGUAAAAAAUCAAGGUUUUUUAACAAUUGGUCGAAAUAAAAAAAAACCUGCUCGUCCUGAUAUAUCAGCACCAAUUCAAUCGACGUUGGUUCAUGUUAGUCAUAUUGGUACUAAGGAAAGUUUUUUUAAUGAUGAUGCAACAAAGCAAAUGUUUGAACAAGUAUUAGCUGGCAUGCAUAUAUCAGCAGAAGAAAAAAUUUACGUACGAGAACUUGUAAAUACAGAUGGUGGUUUACAAAAACUUUUAGAAAAACCACUAGUACCUGUGCCUAAUGGUAAUAAUCAAGGACAACAACAAAUGUCAACAGCACCACCAGAAAUUCCUCCACGUAGUUAUCAAACUAUAGGUCGGAAUAAUGGUGGUCGUGCGCCACAUCAAGAUAUAUCAGCUCCAUCACCAGCUUCUAAUCAAUCAAAUAACAGUCGUCCUCAACCAUUUCAAGGAUUAUUUAGUCCACCUCCUAGUAUUCCACCAAGACCAGGUUUUCGUGCAUCUGAUAAUACAUAUCCAACAACACAAGCUCCAUUGACUCCACCACCACCACCUCCACCUCCACCACCGCCACCGUUUCCAGGAGGAUCUGUUACCGAUUCCCAUCGAGCACACGCUCCGCCUGCACCUCCACCACCGCCACCUCCUCCCCCACCACCACCAAUGCCAGCUAAUUUAAUGAAUCAAAAUCAAAGUUCUGGUGGUGGUCCUCCUCCACCUCCACCACCUCCUCCUCCUCCUCCUAUGAAUUCAGCUCUUUCAUCAGGACCAGUAACAAAUUCACCUGCUGUUCCAGUUGUAAGUGCAGGACGUGAAAAUUUACUUGAUGAUAUUCGUAAUUUUGGUACAUCCAAAUUAAAACAACGAUCGGAACGACCAUCAAUUCCAGACAUGUCAUCAACAGGUGAUGCAAGUCCAGCAACACAAGAUACAAUGGCAAUGAAUAUUCUUAAAAUUCUUGCUGAACGACGAGAAAAACUUAUUGGACCUGAAGGUCAAGAUGAUAGUGAUUCAAGCGACGGUGAAUGGUCAAAUUAA